UUAAGAAACACAUUGCGUGUCACAUUUCUCACACCAUCCCGCACCACUAAAAGGAAUUUUCAUUUUUUGUAAAUUGCUGUUUGAAAUGACUUUUCUGGACUAUCUUUUUCUGCACAACUGAAGACAAAGUCAACUUGAGGACAAACGGGACUGAACAGCAAGAUGGCCCAAAUGGAUAACAAGCAAAGAAAAGAACAACAAAGGAAUACUGACAUGAAAACCCAACCAGAGCUUCUUAAAAGACAGACAACAAGGAUUUGUCAUGAAAAGCAUGAUUCUGAACGUGUUUGGAAAAGAGCACAAGGUGGUGAACAUGAAAUUGAAUUCCUGAGGACAAAAAUAUGGAAGCAACACGAGGAAAUUGAAAGACUAAAAUCUGAAAACUAUGACCAGACCCUAUGUAUAAAAACUUUGAGAUUGCAAAUGGAAUAUUUUGCAAAGAAAGUCAAGGAAAGCGUAAAGACAGCCGUAAAAGAAAAAAUGUUUCUUCAGAACUCUUUGACUUUAAUUAACAAAACGACACAACUACUGGGGACACAACAUAGUGCAAUUAAAACCAAGCAAAGCAGAUUAGAAUCAAUUAUCCCAAAUUGUAGGAAACAAUCACAGAAACAUAAGGGAGUACUCAAAGAACCUAAACCCCAGAGACAACAGUGGUUGAUUGAAAAUCUAGUGAAAAAUAGUAAACAAACAGUUAUUUUGACAAAGCAGACCAAGGAACAAUUGGAAAUAAACAUGGGAUAUUUCAAACAAGAAUUACACAGACAUGAAGAAAAUGUUUUAUACCUUAAAGAUCAAACUAAGCACAUCAAUAACAAGAUGAUUAUGAUUGUCAAUCUUAUGAAGCAACUUUGGCCUCAAUUACAAACACAUACUAAAACAAAAACAGCAAUAUUCACAGGAUUUAAACAAAGAACAAUUAAUGAAAGAACUAAGUUUUUUAAAUCCUUUGUGCUGGAAAACCGCGAACAAAUAUUUGGAAACAUAAUGAAAGAUACUGUAGAUAAGGGAAAGGCAAUUGAAGAACGCUUGAAAAUGUAUCCCAUUCACAAAGUGACAGCUAAAAUGUACAGACUGCUUUCUAAGGUAAAACAAGUUAGAAAGAAUAUGCACACGGAGAAGAAACAAAGUGCCAAGGACAUUGCAGAAGAACGAAAAAAAAAUAAGAGAAUGAAAUAUAAAACACAAAAAAUAAAUCGAGAACUUGACCAACGACGAGAGAGAAUUAUGCAAGAGAGGGAUGAGUUAGAAAUCCUCAAGCUCAAGGUAUAUAAACAACUAGAUACACUUGAAGACAAGGGUUUGAUGCAAACAAUGGCUGUGAUGAACACUCCUCAUUGCUGUAAAGCAGAAGAAGUACACCUUCAGAAAAUGACAAGGAUAUCAGAUGAGACGAUUACUACUCAGAACAUUGCAUGGAAAUUUAGAAGCUCUUCAAUCAAAAAUCCCUCUUCUGCAAUUCCAUAUGAACUUAAAGAAGACAUGUGUAAGACAAACAAAGACUCCUUCAACAAAAUAACAAAUAAAGUUGAACAAGAUGACAUGCCAGUAAAUUGGAAUGAAAUGGAUGACAAAACAGGUAUUGUUCGUGAUUUGAUAACAGAAGAGGAUCACAUUAACAAUGAAAUACAUAAACUGAUGGAGCAAGAACAACAACUGCAAAAGACAAUCAAUCAAUCAAUAGGGGGCAUGGGGACAUUUUAUUGUGAGAUUAACAAAAUCAUAAUGGAAAUAAAUCACCUGCAAGGCCAUAUGCAAAAGACUAAAAAUAAAGCACAGAAUCUAAUAAACACAGAUCCAAGGGAAGAAAAAAGUGUUGCUCAAAAAGAAAAUAAGGAAAAAAGUAAAAAAAUUGAUAUUUUAAAAGGAUUUGAAACUAAGCUCAGAAGGCAAGGCCUUGAAUUUCAAUCAUGUUCCAUUGAGAAAAGAGAUGACCCGAAUGUAUCAAAUAACUUAGGGCAAACGCAAGCAACAAAAUCUAUCAGAAAAGAAAAUGAUAAAAAAAGAGAGGAGUCUAAAUCUGCCAAGAUAAAAAAUACAACAGAUGUGGAGAAGCUACAUACAAGUAAGACUAACUCUGAGAUAGAAAGAAUACUGCAUGUCAAAGACAAAAAGACGAUGAGAAAACUGCAAUCCGAGAAGAAGGUGUUGCAAUAUCCUUUUAGAACUUGUAUACAGUCAAUGGAAAGAGUGGCAGAUGACUUGAAGACAAAGUUUAAGAAGAAACUUGAAGACGUUGACAAAAAAGUUGUCAUUAUAGAAGAGAGAAUUAAAAGUAUGCCAAAAAUGUUGCUUGAAUUGAAGCAUAUGCUGGAAGAAUGUAAUCAAGGAAGGGAUCAUAUUUUAAUCAACAACGAACUAAUACUGGAAGGAAAGAUCUGGCUGAACAACUUGCUUUCAAACAUGAUGACAGAAACAGAAAAAAUAAAGCAUCUGAAGACAAACCUCUUGGGAGAAAAACAAGACCUGGACAAACUGAAGAACGAUGUUAAACAAGAGAAAGAAUACAUGAGCAAAGCUAAUAGGCUUAUGAGUAAAGACAAACUGGAGCUGAACUUGAUUAAGUCCGAUAUGCAAAAACAAUUGAUCACAUUGAAAGAGAAAGAAAGCUUGAUUAAACAGAGAUACAUUGACCUUGAAAUAAAAGAACAAGAGGUCAUAAAGAAUACAACAGGACUGGAAACAAUAGGUGAAAAGUUGAAAAAGGGCAUUGAACAAAUUCAUCAGCUAAACAUUGAUAUUAUGUCAAAAACAGAAGAAGUAAAUGAUAACAGAUGUGCAAUGGAACAGCAAAAUAGGGACUUAUAUGUUAACAGACAAGAACAUUGUCAAAGGAGUAAAGAGUUUGAAUUUGCCAGAACCAGAAUAAGUGCAGAGCUGGAAAAGCUACUUACAAUGCAGGUUUAUUUUGAAACUGAAAAAUUACUGCAUGCCAAAGACAAGGAGACAAUAGAACAACUGCAAUCUGAGCAGAAGGUGUCGCAAGAUCACUUUAGGUCUUGUAUACUGUCAAUGGAAAGAGUGAGAGAUGAUUUAAAGGCAAAGUAUGAAAAGAAACUUGAAGACAUUGACGAAAAGGUUGUCAAAUUAGAAGCGAAAAAUGAAAGUACGCCGAAAUUGUUGCUUACAAUAAAGCACAUGCUGGAAAAUAGUAAUCAAGGCAGAGAUCAAAUAUCAAUCAACAACAAACUAAUAGUAGGAGGAAAGAUUCAGCUGGACACUUUGCUUUCAAACAUUGUGAAAAAAACAGCAGAAACAAAACAUCUGAAAACAAAAUUCUUGGUGGAAAAACGAAACCUGGACAAACUAAAGAACAACAUUAAACAAGAGAGAGCAUACCUGAGCAAAGCCAAUAUGCUCAUGAGCAAAGAAAAACUAGAGCUGGAAUUGAUGAAGUCUGAUAUGCAAAAACAAUUGAUCACAUUGGAGGAGAAUAAACGCAUGAUUAAAGAGGGAAACAUUGACCUUGAAAUCAGAGAAAAUGAGUUAAAAAAGAAUACAAAGGGACUGGACACAAUAGCUGAGAAGAUGAAGAAGGGAAGGGAACAAAUUCACCAGCUAAACAUGGAUGUUGGGACAAAAAGAGAUGAAGUCAAUGAUAACCGAUGUGCAAUGGAACAGCAACAUAAGGACUUGAGUGUUCUCAGACAGGAACAUUGUCAAAAGAGUAAAGAGAUUGCAUUUGCCAGAACCAACAUAAGUACAGAGAUGGAAAAGCUACUCAAAAUGAAGGCUGAUUUUGAAACUGAAAAAAUACUGCAUGCCAAAGACACGGAGACGAUGGAACAACUACAAUCUGAGCAGAAAGUGUUGCAAGAUCACUUUAGGUCUUGUAUCCUGUCAAUGAGAAGAGUGACAUAUGAUGUAAAGGCAAAGUAUGAAAAGAAACUUGAAGACAUUGACAAAAAGGUUGUCAAGUUAGAAGCGAAAAAUGAAGGUAUGCCAAAAUUGUUGCUUAAAUUUAAGCACAUGCUGGAAGAUAGUAAUCAAGGCAGAGAUCGAAUAUCAAUCAACAACAAACUAAUAGGAGGAAAGAUUCAGCUGGACAAUUUGCUUUCAAAUGUAUUGAAAGAAUCAGAAGAAAUAAAACAUCUAAAAAAGAAACUUUUGGAGGAAAAACAAAACCUGGACAAACUAAAGAACAACAUUAAACAAGAGGAAGAAAUCCUGAGCAAAGCCAAUGAGUUCAUGAGCAAAGAAAAACUGGAGCUUGUUUUGAUAAGGUCUGAUAUGCAAAAACAAAUGAUCGCAUUGAAAGAGAAUCAACGCAUGACCAAAGAGAGAUACAGUGACCUUAAAAUCAGAGAAAACGAGUUUAGAAAGAAUAAAACAGGAUUGGACAGAAUAGCUGAGAAGAUGAAGAAAGAGAGGGAACAAAUUCAUCAGCUAAUCAUGGACGUUGUGACAAAAAGAGAUGAAGUCAAUGAUAACCGAUUUGCAAUGGAACAGCAAAAUAGGGACUUGAGUGUUCUCAGACAGGAACAUUGUCAAAAGAGCAAAGAGAUUGCAUUUGCCAGAACCAACAUAAGUACAGAGAUGGAAAAGCUACUCAAAAUGAAGGCUGAUUUUGAAACUGAAAAAAUACUGCAUGCCAAAGACACGGAGACGAUGGAACAACGACAAUCUGAGCAGAAAGUGUUGCAAGAUCACUUUAGGUCUUGUAUCCUGUCAAUGAGAAGAGUGACAGAUGAUUUAAAGGCAAAGUAUAAAAAGAAACUUGAGGACAUUGACAAAAAGGUUGUCAAAUUAGAAGCGAAAAAUGAAAGUAUGCCGAAAUUGUUGCUUACAAUAAAGCACAUGCUGGAAAAUAGUAAUCAAGGCAGAAAUCAAAUAUCAAUCAACAACAAACUAAUAGUAGGAGGAAAGAUUCAGCUGGACACUUUGGUUUCAAACAUUGUGAAAGAAACAGCAGAAACAAAACAUCUGAAAACAAAACUCUUGGUGGAAAAACAAAACCUGGACAAACUGAAGAACAACAUUAAACAAGCGAGAGCAUACCUGAGCAAAGCCAAUAUGCUCAUGAGCAAAGAAAAACUAGAGCUGGCCUUGAUGAAGUCUGAUAUGCAAAAACAAUUGAUCACAUUGGAGGAGAACCAACGCAUGAUUAAAGAGGGAAACAUUGACCUUGAAAUCAGAGAAAAAGAGUUAAAAAAGAAUACAAUGGGACUGGACACAAUAACUGAGAAGAUGAAGAAGGGAAGGGAACAAAUUCACCAGCUAAACAUGGAUGUUGGGACAAAAAGAGAUGAAGUCAAUGACAACCGAUGUGCAAUGGAACAGCAAAAUAAGGACUUGAGUGUUCUCAGACAGGAACAUUGUCAAAAGACCAAAGAGAUUGCAUUUGCCAGGACCAAAAUAAGUACAGAGAUGGAAAAGCUACUCAAAAUGAAGGCUACAUUCGAAACUGAAAAAAUACUACAUGCCAAAGACACGGAGACGAUGGAACAACUACAAUCUGAGCAGAAGGUGUUGCAAGAUCACCUUAGGUCUUGUAUCCUGUCAAUGAGAAGAGUGACAUAUAAUGUAAAGGCAAAGUAUGAAAAGAAACUUGAAGACAUUGACAAAAAGGUUGUCAAAUUAGAAGCGAAAAAUGAAGGUAUGCCAAAAUUGUUGCUUAAAUUUAAGCACAUGCUGGAAGAUAGUAAUCAAGGCAGAGAUCGAAUAUCAAUCAACAACAAACUAAUAGGAGGAAAGAUUCAGCUGGACAAUUUGCUUUCAAAUGUAUUGAAAGAAUCAGAAGAAAUAAAACAUCUAAAAAAGAAACUUUUGGAGGAAAAACAAAACCUGGACAAACUAAAGAACAACAUUAAACAAGAGGAAGAAAUCCUGAGCAAAGCCAAUGAGUUCAUGAGCAAAGAAAAACUGGAGCUUGUUUUGAUAAGGUCUGAUAUGCAAAAACAAAUGAUCGCAUUGAAAGAGAAUCAACGCAUGACCAAAGAGAGAUACAGUGACCUUAAAAUCAGAGAAAACGAGUUUAGAAAGAAUAAAACAGGAUUGGACAGAAUAGCUGAGAAGAUAAAGAAAGAGAGGGAACAAAUUCAUCAGCUAAUCAUGGACGUUGUGACAAAAAGAGAUGAAGUCAAUGAUAACCGAUUUGCAAUGGAACAGCAAAAUAGGGACUUGAGUGUUCUCAGACAAGAACAUUGUCAAAAGAGCAAAGAGAUUGCAUUUGCCAGAACCAACAUAAGUACAGAGAUGGAAAAGCUACUCAAAAUGAAGGCUACUUUUGAAACUGAAAAAAUACUGCAUGCCAAAGACACGGAGACGAUGGAACAACUACAAUCUGAGCAGAAAGUGUUGCAAGAUCACUUUAGGUCUUGUAUCCUGUCAAUGAGAAGAGUGACAGAUGAUUUAAAGGCAAAGUAUGAAAAGAAACUUGAAGACAUUGACAAAAAGGUUGUCAAAUUAGAAGCGAAAAAUGAAGGUUUGCCGAAAUUGUUGCUUAAAUUUAAGCAAAUGCUGGAAGAUAGUAAUCAAGGCAGAAAUCAAAUAUCAAUCAACAACAAACUAAUAGGAGGAAAGAUUCAGCUGGACAAUUUGCUUUCAAAUGUAGUGAAAGAAUCAGAAGAAAUAAAACAUCUGAAAACAAAACUUUUGGAGGAAAUACAAAACCUGGACAAACUGAAGAACAACAUUAAACAAGAGGAAGAAAUCCUGAUCAAAGCCAAUGAGCUCAUGAGCAAAGAAAAACUGGAGCUUGUUUUGAUGAAGUCUGAUAUGCAAAAACAAAUGAUCACAUUGAAAGAGAAUCAACGCAUGACCAAAGAGAGAUACAGUGACCUUAAAAUCAGAGAAAACGAGUUUAGAAAGAUUAAAACAGGAUUGGACAGAAUAGCUGAGAAGAUGAAGAAAGAGAGGGAACAAAUUCAUCAGCUAAUCAUGGACGUUGUGACAAAAAGAGAUGAAGUCAAUGAUAACCGAUUUGCAAUGGAACAGCAAAAUAGGGACUUGAGUGUUCUCAGACAGGAACAUUGUGAAAAGAGCAAAGAGAUUGCAUUUGCCAGGACCAAAAUACGUACAGAUAUGGAAAAGCUACUCAAAAUGAAGGCUGAUUUUGAAACUGAAAAAAUACUGCAUGCCAAAGACACAGAGACGAUGCAACAACUACAAUCUAAACAGAAGGUGUUGCAAGAUUACUUUAGGUCUUGUAUCCUGUCAAUGAGAAGAGUGACAGAUGAUUUAAAGGCAAAGUAUAAAAAUAAACUUGAAAACAUUGACAAAAAGGUUGUCAAAUUAGAAGCGAAAAAUGAAGGUAUGCCAAAAUUAGUGCUAACAAUAAAGCACAUGCUGGAAAAUAGUAAUCAAGGCAGAGAUCAAAUAUCAAUCAACAACAAACUAAUAGUAGGAGGAAAGAUUCAGCUGGACACUUUGCUUUCAAAUAUUGUGAAAGAAACAGCAGAAACAAAACAUCUGAAAACAAAACUGUUGGUGGAAAAACAAAACCUGGACAAACUGAAGAACAACAUUAAACAAGAGAGAGCAUACCUGAGCAAAGCCAAUAUGCUCAUGAGCAAAGAAAAACUAGAGCUGGCCUUGAUGAAGUCUGAUAUGCAAAAACAAUUGAUCACAUUGGAGGAGAAUCAACACAUGAUUAUAGAGGGAAACAUUGACCUUGAAAUCAGAGAAAAUGAGUUAAAAAAGAAAACAAUGGGACUGGACACAAUAGCUGAGAAGAUGAAGAAGGGAAGGGAACAAAUUCACCAGCUAAACAUGGAUGUUGGGACAAAAAGGGAUGAAGUCAAUGAUAACCGAUGUGCAAUGGAACAGCAAAAUAAGGACUUGAGUGUUUUUAGACAGGAACAUUGUCAAAAGAGCAAAGAGAUUGCAUUUGCCAGGACCAAAAUAAGUACAGGGAUGGAAAAGCUACUCAAAAUGAAGGCUACUUUUGAAACUGAAAAAAUACUGCAUGCCAAAGACACGGAGCCGAUGGAACAACUACAAUCUGAGCAGAAAGUGUUGCAAGAUCACUUUAGGUCUUGUAUCCUGUCAAUGAGAAGAGUGACAGAUGAUUUACAGGCAAAGUAUGAAAAGAAACUUGAAGACAUUGACAAAAAGGUUGUCAAAUUAGAAGCGAAAAAUGAAGGUAUGCCGAAAUUGUUGCUUAAAUUUAAGCAGAUGCUGGAAGAUAGUAAUCAAGGCAGAAAUCAAAUAUCAAUCAACAACAAACUAAUAGGAGGAAAAAUUCAGCUGGACAAUUUGCUUUCAAAUGUAGUGAAAGAAUCAGAAGAAAUAAAGCAUCUGAAAACAAAACUUUUGAAACAGCAGAAACAAAACAUCUGA